GAAGCAGUUAAAUUUGAUUUCACAGCUCAUUUUUGAAUGACAUUUUGCACUUUAUCGGUUCACUACACCUACACCUACAAAGCGGAGAGCGAAUGAUGUAGCCGAUUGUAAUCGUGUUUGCAUAUUUCAGGUUUUGGCAUCUUUCUAAGUAGGCUAACAUUCCAGUAAGGAAUUCCAUCCAUAUUCGACAACUGUAUGGUUUAUUUUUUUCGCUAAGUUCGUUUUUUCCAGCGAGUAUUUUAUCGUUCAUGUAGGCUACGUAAUGUGGUAAUGUAAAUGCGGGUUUCAAUUUGACGCGGUGUUAGUCUGUGUAGCCAAUAAGUAAAUUACUAUCUGGAUAUAAUCAUCGCUAUAAAUAACCAUUAGCUUCACCGUUAUUAGCUGAAUUUCUCUUCAAUUGUGGGGUAGUAACAAACAGUUACUAGGCCGUAUCGUUGAGUUAAUCAGCAUAUCGUAAACAGUGCGUGGGCUGGGCAAACAGACGUUGGAAGCAAACUUAAUGUAGGCGAUCUGAAGAUGAAUAUAGCCACUGAAAACAUGAGAACAAUGUGACUGGAUGCAGAUUAACGCAAUAUUGUCACAACCCGAUCGCAAACUGCUUGAUGUCGCUUCUAAGCAAUACAACAGCGGUAGUCUAACCACAGAAAUGUGUCUGUAUAGUUGUGAUGUAAUAACCCACCAGCUAGGCCAAUGAGGACGCAUUUGAACUCGCGUACUCAUUAAUAUUCAUGAUUGCCCCAAACAAAUCUAGGUUUUAAUUUCGCCGGCCGGCGUUGGUGGAACGGAGACAAAAACCUUAUUAAACGCUUAUACUUGAAGCGCUAAUCAUUAUCGAGUAUAGAAGGCGCUGUGCUUUUGAUGCAAUCGUAGGAUCCGAGCUGAGGAAGAGCGAACAGAGUAACAUCGCUAUAUUAGAACGGAUGUUUCUAAUUAAGUUUGCUAUGCUCCUGUCGCAUUCCGAAGUGUGGAAAGUAUGCGUGGAUUACAUCUUCAGACCCUAUACUAUGGUAGUCGGCACCGUCACGGCCGUCGUUUAUUACCUCUGGGGAUGUGAGGGUCAGACACCAAUUCUGGUGUGCAGCGAUGGGUUUCGUGUCUUCCUGCAACGCCACUGUCCCAUGGUGGUUGAGCAGUUCCGGCCCACGCCCUGGUGCUGGGGCGGCCGGCUGCAGACCCUGGUCCGUGUAUUUAUCAAAUCCAGCCCGGCUGUCACCUACAGGAAUGAGCUGAUCAGGACGGGGGACGGAGGUCAGAUCUCACUGGACUGGGUGGACAAUGCAGGCAGUGCUGCCUAUCCUGACUGCCUGUCUCGACCCACAGUGCUGAUCUUGCCGGGUCUGACGGGGAACAGCCAGCAGACGUAUGUUUUGCAUGCAGUGAACCAGGCCACACGCAGAGGAUACAGAUCUGUGGUCUUUAAUAACAGGGGAUUUGGAGGUGAAGAGUUACUGUUUAGGGAGAAGUCCUGGGUCCGAUGGCCCACUGCAUGGUUGGCCCAGGCUUCUCCUUCCUUUUGUUCUUUUUGGCCAGACCUCCCUGCUCUUAUUGUUUCAUCAUUUACCCCCCUGACGUUCUCUGCAGCUGAUACCUCAGAUCUGGAGCGUGUGGUCCAGCACGUGAAGGAGCUCUUCCCACAAGCACCACUCCUUGGGACCGGAGUCUCUCUGGGAGGGAUGCUGCUGCUGAACUACCUGGCCAGAAAAGGCAGCGAGGCUGGGCUUCUGGCAGGCCUCACCAUGUCCGUCAGCUGGGACACCAUGGAGUCAUGUGCCUCCUUGGAAAAGCCUAUCAACCGGCUGCUCUUUAAUCGCCACCUCACUGGGAACCUGUGCCGAGCCAUCAGCAGACACAGGAAGAUGCUGGAGACUGUGGUGGAUGUGGAGCAUGUGCUGAAGGCACAGACCAUCCGGGAGUUUGACGAACGUUACACCUCAGUGAUGUUUGGCUACAAGUCCUGGCAGGACUACUACCAGGAUGCCAGCCCUGGGUACAAACUGGCCCAAACUGCUGUUCCUGUUCUGUGCCUGAAUGCGGCUGAUGACCCCUUUUCCCCGAAACAUGCUCUCCCCGUUGCCUUAGCCCAGCGCUUGCCCAAUGUUGCGCUGCUGGUUACAGCCCAUGGCGGCCACAUUGGUUUCCUGGAGGGCCUUUACCCUCGAGGGGAGGGCUACAUGGACCGGUUGUUUGGCCAGUUCAUCCAGGCAGUGUUUGAACAUCCACGGGAUCUGAAGUGGGCCUGUGGGAUCACGGACAACCCCGCCGAUUGACCACUUCCACCAAGGUCUCCUAACCGGUGACCCACCCACUCUAACUUCUAUUACGGACAUACAGAGAUUUUGUACCACUGUAACCACAUCACCUCUCAUCUCAACCCCUUAACUUUAACAAAACCCUUGAAAAGGGCUAAAAAAGGGUUGUAGAUGAUGCCUAUACAUAAUCUGACCUCAUAACUUACAAAUUAAUUUUGACCAAUGCCUUAUUUUUUAUGUUAGAUUUACUGACCUCCAAUUAUCAUUAAGGCAUUUGUCUGAUGGGAAACCAUUUUGUCAUUUCUCCCUUUGGGGUGGAGAAUGUUUUGGCUCAGAGAUUGAAUGUCAUGUCACCCUGUAUGUAGUUCUGGCAAAGGCUUGUUCUGAUUGUUGUUCCAAGAGAAACAAUAGUACACCGAUUAUUGUCACUUAGGUUUUUUAUCCGUCCGAAGUUUAUUCCUUAUUCAUUGUCCUAUGAAGGGGACAAGCUAAAAUGCUAGAGUGAAUGCUGAACAACUUAUUAGCAUUUACUGUGUUCCCUUACACAAACAAAAGUGUCUCCUAUACCACUAUGGAUUGUUGCACGUUGCACUACUGAGCCAUGAGAUGGGAGACACUCUGCUGUGUGAAGGCUUCCCUGCCCAGGCAAUGUUAUAGUCUAUUAGUCCUUGCCUGGUACUUGGUAUAAUCUGGACCCACAGUCUGGAAUUAAUCUUUUGAGCUGAUCCAUAUUCAACCUGUGCAAAUUCAAGCUGGCAGGCAUGGCUCGAUUUGCUUUUAUAUUGAGCUCUGUUGGCCUCUUGCAACUCAGGGCAUAUCAAAUACCAUCAUUAACAUUGCAAUGGGUACCGUUAGCACUUUAGAUGCGGCAAACAUGAGAGGCUAUGAGGAGUGGAUUUUAUUUCUGAUGCUGGCAUUUAAUUUUUUCCUUCAAAAAGAAGCAUAUAUUUGGUGGCACAGAUAUGCAGCAUUAAUGAAUGUAGGCGAUGACUGGUUUACAAACAGGAUAAAACAUGGAUUUUAAUGAUAUAACAUUAUUUCUUGCUUUGUGUUUAACAAUACAGACAUGAAUUAAAAGCACAUAAAUAUAGCCUAAUCUUGUGGAAUUAAUGAUCAGUUCAAGAUUAAUCAGGGGUAAAUAUAAUAAAUAUUUUCAUGGUUAAAGAAUUCAUGGUAAGAUUUUAAUAACAGCACAGGUCUGUUUCUGUUUUUCUUCUUUUGGUUAUAUUACUGUUUGCUAAAUGGUAGCACCGUCAUUUGCUGCAGAAAGAGAGAGAGCGAACCCACACCAGCAAGAAAACAUAAAAACAAAAAAAUAAACCAGCACCUUCACCCUUCCUCGUCACAGGUUCGAGGAGAAAACAAUAGACUAAAACAACAGACAAAAGAAAGUACAGCUUUUCAGCUUUUCAGCUCACUGCUCAUAGCUGGCCAGCCUUUCAUGUUGAGUGCAUUAUACAUACAUUUUCAUCUUCAAUAUACAUUUUAUGCAGUUAGGCCUAUUUGUUGACAGGGUUCCCUGCAUUUGUCUAUUCUGUGGUUUACUGGAAUGUCUUUGUGGUCAAAUUCUGAAGUGAUAGUUGCUGAUGUAAUGAUUAGCCUGCAGUUUGAUUUUAAUCGUGCUAGCACCAGAAAUGAAAUGGGUCUUUUUAUAGACCAGGCCUUGCCAGCUCGGGUCAGAUUUGAACAUGUGAAAAAAGUCCAGCAUGUCCUGCACUGGUCAAAUGUGCCAGUGCAAAAGGGUUUCUGGUGCCAAAACUAGGGGCCCUGCUUAGAAGCUACAAUAUGUAGACACAUUUAUGAAGAGGUUUUGAAGAGAUUUUUGAAGUUAAAGUGCUUGUUUUUUUUGUUUGGUGCAGUGUGAAUCAUGAAGUAUAUUCCGAUGUAAUGUACAUCAGAUUAUUGUGUGAUGAUUCUAUUAAGGGUGCUACACAAGAAUGUAAUAAUUGGUCCUGCCUAUGAGAUCCUAAGAUUGAACUAUCCUAGGGAUCAUGAAGCAAUUUGGGACACAAAUUCAAUGCCCCAAAAUAGUAGACUUUCUGUAAACUAAUGGUGUACAUACAGAGUAUUAGUCUAUAUGAUAAUUGAUUAAAUUAUAAUUGGCUUAUUGGAGCUUUGGUACAGCGUAGUUUUUUAAUUGCUAAAUUAUCAGUAACGCCUCCUGCCACCAGUUUGUCUCCACCAUGUGACCUACAAGGAUUUAAACUUGUAUUUCAAUAAUUAUCCUCUAGGGUUCCCCAUAGGCACUACGAUGGCACAAUUAAGUGAUUAUUCAUACAAUUUCUAGAGUUUCUGAUUGAGACAUUUAUAAACUAGUUGGUCUAAUAUGGAGAGUGUCAGGAAGGAAAGUGAACAUGGAUGGAAGUUUAAAUGCUAUGAAAAGCAUGUCUUUAGGCCAGUUGUCCUAACCUUUGGUCCUGGAGAGCUGCAGGGUCUGACAGCUUUUGUUGUUACUCAGAACUUGAUUAGCAGCACAGCAAUUGAUCAGUUAAAGCAGCUGCUUACACAAUUGACUUGGGUCAUCUGGUUUCUUGGGUCUGAAUUUGUCGCUGACCUUAAAGGUGCAAUAUGCAAGUUUAUUUUGGAUCUCUUUUGUUCACAUUUGGUUACAUUUUUUCACAUCCCAACAAAUAUCAAUAAAGUAUAAGCUCUAAGAAAAAAAUCUGGUCUCUCUGACUGCCCCAGGCUUUAAAUUUCACAAUGCCUCAAUCUUAACAAUCAAUCAGGACAACUUUCUACAAGGAGGCCAAUCAGGACAGCUCUCUGCCUGUUAAUGUUGCAUGUUCACAGCGCUGUCGGAGCAGAGAUAUACAGAGAUGGUGUAUAUCUCUAUGACUAGCUAGUUCCCUGAAAAACGAAGCAAAAAUGGCGGAGAAAAAUCUGCCAGAAUGACCAGUUUCGCCUUUGUCUACAGUGGCGUAUGCUGAUUUAAAGGAUUAACAUGGUGGUUGAAUGUGACACUUGCCAGUUGUCUUUAGGCAACACCAAAACAAAUGUGCAUAUUUUUUUUUAUUAUUCAGUCAUUUAAAUGUAUUUUAAAACAUAUUUUUCUAAGCCUAAAUUUCCCACUUUAAAAGUUCACGCGAGCAACCAGGAACAACAAGACCAGUAAAUGAGCUUCAAAAACGAUGUCUGGUUUUGGCCGCUUGGUCCAGUCAGAUUUCUUUACGGGGCAUGGAAAGGGGAGUGGUUACUGUACGUGUGACGCACCAAGUCGAGAAUAUUCUCAACCGGUUGAAAAUAGGAUGACAAAUUUAAAACGCAUAUUUCUCCAAAAAUAAAGAACUGACAUAUUUAAUACUUUACUCAUCGUGUUUCUUCAAUGCCUCUUGUGCAAAUAGCACAUAAAACUGAGAAAGUGUGAAAACCACCAUGUUACUCCUUUAAAAAACUGAGAAAAGAAAGACUAUCGAAGAAAAGAAGGGGAAAAAAAAGGAAUUAAACCAAGUGAGAGACCAAGACUCAAGUGAACAUCAGUUCGGCUUUUCAGCGAGAACUGAGGGACUUUAAGGAUUUCAAAAAUUAUGCUGAGCUUGCAGUAUUUCUGCUGGACAGGUCAUUAUCUUGCUUGUUUUGUUUCUGUUGGAAUUUGUUAUCGCCCUAAACUGUGUAGCCAGCGUAGCUAGAAAAUGUUCGAUGAUUUAUUUAGCCCCCUGUUACAGCUAUGCUGUACAUUAGGUGUUAUCUUGUAGCUUAUCUGUAGCAAGCUAGCUAUGUUUAAAGCUGCCUAUGCUGUUCAAGCAAAAAAAAAAAAAAAAUAUUGCACACUCCAGUUCCAGAUGCAUUUAGCAAUGUUUAUUUUGCCUGUAACUUCAUCUGGGUCUCAAACAAGCAAAAGCUUGUGCUCAUUGUUUACAUUCAUUAUGGUGACAUUUUGUCUUUUAUUUUUCUACCUGUGAAUGAGGCAUGUUGUGCUUAACUCUCUCUACUUUACUUUUCAAAGCUCUUGUCCUCUCUCUAGUACUCAAAUGAUAGGCAACGCACCUGCAUUUGUUUGGAGGGCGGGGCUACGGAGGGAGCAAAGGGUAGGGGGUGAACUUUUUUUCAGAAUCUAACUGUCUCUUGCUCAUUUCUCCAAACAUAGAUACUGCACCUUUAAGGAACAAAACAUCAGACUCUGGCUGUCCAGGACCAGAAUUGAGUAUGACUGCUGUAAAAAGAAAAAUGCAUCAUAUAAAGUAUUUUUGGCUGGACUGCAACAGCGAAUGUCUGUGACUGAGUGACUGAAUGAUGUGAAUAUGUCCAGCCAUAUACUAGAUUUUGACCUGGUCUUAUUUCUUAUCCAAAAGUGAUGGUGUGGGUGCAGGUUUUUGUUUUAGGCCAGCACUACGACACCUGAUUCUGCUUGACGUCUUGCUGAUUAGUUAAUUAGUUCAAUCAUUAAUUAAGUUUUUUCAUUGAACUAUUUUUUGCAAGUUAAAUGUUAUAUAACUGCUCUCAUUUUUAAUGUGGGCAUUUCCCACUGCUUCUAACAAAACUUAUACCCCUGUUCAGCUUUUAGAAGUACUACAGCUGUGGUACGGGUGUAAGUAAUCAAACUGAAUUUAACGUGUCUCACUUGUAAACAAUCCUGUCACUUAUCGUCUGUGUUUAAUUAGUGGCAAUUACUUUAUCAACAUAGAUUAUUGAGGUGGUGCAAAUAGAAUAAUUGUUUGAGAAGGCGCUAGACAAAUAAGCUGUCACAACCUCUAGCUGGUGGAGGACUGAAGUUACCAUGCGGGACAACAAGGGAGACAAACUGGUGGCCCUACUUAUGACAGAGCAGGAGAGGAAUGGGGACUGUUAGUGGGUCCCAGAGACAAAUCAGACACUGGAUUAUGAUUGGACUCUUACCGUGUUGUAUUUAGAGUGUUUGGUGUUUUUGUAAAUUACUAAGGACAAUGUAGACCCUUUUAUGAUGGUUGAUAAGAAUGUGUAUGUAAUUGAGUGUGUGUGAUGGGAUCAAAUUCUGGAUUCAAUCAACAUUUGACUUUAACUUACAGAAAUAAAUGCAGAUUUAACAGAAUAGUUUGUUGGGUUCUAAAUCUAAAUUAUUCAAUCUAAAAUGAUUUUACCAAAUUAUAUUUAUUUGUCAGUUAAUAUUAAGGGCAGACAUUGAUUGAAUCCAGAUUUGGAAAUGGUUGAAACUGUGGUGUGGCUGAUGAUUACUGGACAGACUUGGAACUACUGUGUUAAGCUUAGAGUUUUUUUCUGCUCUCCAAAAUUGAUUGAUUGAUUUAUUUAUUUAUUUGGUGCCCAGCAUAGGGUUAAACAUGUCCAAUUCCCACCCAAAUUUUGAGUAGCCAGUUGUCUGCAAGUGCAGUUGUGUUCACUCCACUGCCGAUUUGGGGGAUAACCAUGGUUCUCCUCCAAAACGUGGUCUCACCAGCUUCUUUUUGUGGCAUUACAGACUUCUUUUUUGUCCACCGGGUAAAAAUGGCCACAUUUAGAAUUUCAGCUAUGAUACUUUCUGAUUGUAAGUGUGUUUUCAACAAGAGGUGAUCACCCCAAUGCUGAAUGGCAUAAACAGGGUUGCAUAAUUUCUGAAGUAAUUAUUAUUAAUGUUGAAAAACAAUCAGUGAUUGCUACAUGGCUAUGAACUAUGAAAAGCCUAAAGGAAAUAUUUAUACCCAUGGUGGAAAUGCCCAUGGACAAAUGUUCAAAUUUCAUAUUGAAGCUGUUAACAAACUAUUGUAAAAGAUACAUACUGUGUUUUGCUGUUGUGGUCCAAUUUGUUAUUUGAGCUUGGCUUAUAUAUUUUUAUUGUACCAAUACCACUGAAAUGAAUUCUGUUAAAUGGGACUGCUGCUGCAUGACAAUAAUGAUGGUGAGAUGCAGUUUUAAAAAAAAUCAAACUUACAGUGAUGUUUUUAAGUAUGUGAAACAUAUGCACAAAUACCAGUUGUCAACUUUAAUGUUUAUUUUUUCAUCAGAUGUACAAUGCCUUAUGGAGGCACAGUAUUCACUCAAGUUUAAACUUACUCUACUGUACAUGAUAUUAUAUAUUUGUAUUGUGUAGUUUAAGCCCUAUUAAGGUUUUUAAAAUGUUUUUUUUUUAAAUUAUUUUUUCUUUUCUCAUUUUUAAGAAUAUCUACAUGAGUACAUAUUUGUCAUGGUUGACUGACUGAAGUAAACAUGCAUUAGUAUUUUCAGCAUUUUAUUCGAUGGCUGAUUCUAGCUCUGAAAAUGGAUGGAUGCAUACCCAGGCAAAAAUUCACAUUGAGAAUAUAAGGAAUCAUGCAAUCAUGAUUCUGUUGAAAAUUACAGUGUUCUGUUAAUUGAAAAUAUAUUUUAAAAUUCAACUUUUGCAGUUUGUUUCCACAUGCCAAGGGUAUUUUCCAGCAAACCAGCAGCAUUAAUCUUGAACAACAGUGUAAACUGGAUUAACAGUGUUGUAUUUCCUUGAUGCUGCAUUCAAAAUUGAUGUACUUCAUUUUAAGCUCAGUAAAGAACAUGAAAUACAUCAAAUUAGUUUUGUUAGCAGACUUGACAAGAAAGGCCUCAUCGGAUGUAAGCUAGAUCACUUAAUAUUGUUCAUUUACAGACGUGUACAUCCCGUUGAUGGAUAGAAGUUUUUGGAUAGAAUAAAUGUCAGAAGUAAUCUAACACUUGUACUAUGACUUUGAAAAAGCAGUAAAGAGAAGUGGACAGGUUUUAGUUUAGGGUGAUGCUGAUGCAAAGGUUUGACUGCCACCUAGUGGUGAUAUAGGAUACUAACACUUAAUUCCUUGCAGAACAGCUUCCAGCUUAUGGGGACCAUUCUUCCAAACAUUUCACACUUUUGUUGAUUGUAAUUUCAUUUGCGUCUAUUUUUCCUUGCUUAGUUCAAAAGGAAUUAAUGAUUUUGCUGUUUAAAAAAAUUAAAGACUAGAUUGAAGUAUUGACUGAAAUGCUA